GGGAACUGCGCAGACUACGCGGAGGAAAGAGGGAGGACUCUUGUCAAGACAGUUAGAGACAUUAGGAUCCCAUAUUAACAAUAAUACGGUGCAUGGAAGUACUGUAAUCACAGUCAUAAACACUGCACGUGUUCUACUGCAAACUACAAAAACCUUUCUAGCUAGGCAGCGGAAACUAGAAGCCUCAACCCAAAGAAAACCGUGAGGAAGAAGUGACAAAACCCCCAAAAUACUGUGCUAAUUUAGCUCGUUAGUUGCACGGUAACACAAGUUCGUUGCAAUGUCGGAGUCUGCGGGGGACGGAAAGCUGGAAUUGAAACAGGCGAGUAAAGAAGCCAAGGAGAGUGAGAAUGUGGCGGAAAAAUAUUCGGCGAUGACCGUCAGCAAGAACAGCGACGUGAACAUGGGAGACCUGUCCUCCGCAUUCAGCGCUGUCACAACUCACAAAUCUGUCAAGAAGCAAAUCCAGUUUGUGGAGGACAAGCAAGAGUUCAGCAGGUUCCCCACCAAGGCUGGCCGCCGCUCUCUGUCCCGCUCCAUCUCCCAGUCCUCUACGGACAGCUACAGCUCAGCUGCUUCAUACUCAGACAGCUCUGAUGACGAGACCUCUCCCCGGGACAAGGCUCAGGUCAACUCCAAGGGCACCGGAGAUUUCUGUGUGAAGAACAUCAAGCAGGCAGAAUUUGGGCGCCGGGAGAUCGAGAUUGCUGAGCAAGACAUGUCUGCCUUGAUCUCGCUGAGGAAGAGGGCGCAGGGGGAGAAACCCCUCGCCGGGGCCAAAAUCGUGGGGUGUACCCACAUCACUGCCCAGACCGCAGUCCUGAUUGAGACGUUGGUUGCCCUUGGUGCCCAGUGCCGCUGGACAGCCUGUAACAUCUACUCCACUCAGAACGAGGUGGCAGCUGCUCUGUCUGAGAUGGGGGUGGCGGUUUUUGCCUGGAAAGGGGAGUCUGAGGAUGACUUCUGGUGGUGCAUCGACCGCUGUGUCAACAUGGAGGGUUGGCAGCCAAACAUGAUCCUGGAUGACGGCGGGGACCUGACUCACUGGGUGUAUAAGAAGUACCCCAGUGUCUUCAAAAAGAUCCGGGGCAUCGUGGAGGAGAGUGUUACUGGAGUGCACAGGUUGUACCAGCUGUCAAAAGCUGGGAAGCUGUGUGUCCCAGCCAUGAAUGUCAACGACUCAGUUACCAAACAGAAGUUUGACAACCUCUACUGCUGCAGAGAGUCCAUCCUGGAUGGGUUGAAGAGGACCACGGAUGUGAUGUUUGGAGGAAAACAAGUGGUGGUUUGCGGUUAUGGAGAGGUGGGGAAAGGUUGCUGUGCUGCUCUGAAAGCCCUGGGAGCCAUCGUCUACAUCACAGAGAUCGACCCCAUCUGUGCCCUGCAAGCCUGCAUGGAUGGCUUCAGGGUUGUCAAGCUCAACGAGGUCAUUCGCCAGGUGGACGUAAUCAUCACCUGCACAGGGAAUAAGAACGUGGUGACCAGAGACCAGCUGGACCGGAUGAAGAACGGCUGUAUUGUGUGUAACAUGGGGCACUCCAACACCGAAAUCGAUGUGGCCAGCCUGCGGACUCCGGAGCUCACCUGGGAGAGGGUGCGCUCACAGGUGGACCACGUCAUCUGGCCCGAUGGCAAGAGGGUCGUUCUGCUGGCCGAGGGUCGUCUUUUGAACCUGAGCUGUUCCACUGUGCCCACAUUUGUCCUGUCAAUCACAGCCACCACUCAGGCCCUCGCUCUGAUCGAGCUGUACAACGCACCUGAGGGCCGUUAUAAGCAAGAUGUCUACCUGCUGCCCAAGAAGAUGGAUGAGUAUGUUGCCAGCUUGCACCUGCCUACGUUUGAUGCUCACCUGACAGAGCUGUCGGACGAGCAGGCCAAGUACCUGGGCCUGAACAAGAAUGGGCCCUUCAAACCCAACUACUACAGAUAUUAAAUCUGUGGGAGAGACCCACGAUGCCAUGCCACACUCCAGACACAGAAUUAGCCUGAACUACUCAGAGGGAGUAGUGCAUUUUUAUAAAAUACUUCCUGAUAGAAAUAAUAAUUUUAGGAAAAAAGAUAGUACCCUCGAGCUGAAUAUUUUAUCUGUUUAACUUUUUGCUUUUGUAAAUGAAGUAAAUGGCCUUUGGUACGUCAGUCGAGUUACCGGUGUACAUGCAAGCCAGCGGGCGUGCACAUUCACAAAGACCAAACGUCGCCAUGACCACUCCUUCAGAUUUCUCUUUUCAUUUUAAUUCCUCUUUGUAAAAUAGCUGCUUGGAUCAUACACUUUUGAUUAUUUGUGGAGAUGCUGAAAUGGUGCCAAAUGACAGUGGGGCACAGACCCUUGAUUAUGAAUGAUUUGCUUUACCCUUUUAUUUUGCAUUCAUUUUUUGUGAUCAACUUUCUAAAAAUGUAUUUUUCCAUACAGAAAAAAAGACAUACAAUUACCCCCUCCCCCAUUGUUAUUCUGAAUUCUUUAAAAGACAUUCCACAGGAGUCAGGGAGAGGGCUUGGGGAGUGGUACAGGGUGUUUACCUGGACACAGCUCUUUAUCAAUUGAUUUUCUCCUAUAAAAACUCCUCCUCAUUGGAAAAUAGAUUAUAAUCUCAUGUAAUCGCAUUAGACACUUCACGGGCACAAUCCGUCUUUGUAUCGUGAUGAUUUAACAUGGUACAGUUGUGUUCAAGCAAAAGCUUAAAGAAACAUAAAGAGAAAUCCUCUGCUUUCAGGAAUCAUCAGACAAACAGGGAUACGUUUUUGACAUAAGGACAAACUCCAAAGGACAUUAAAAAAAAAAAAUGUCUUCAAUAUGCUCCUCUUUUCCAUUGACCCAAGCCCGUAGCAGGUUGUGCAUUUAAAUAUCUGACUACUACAAUUCAGGUGCAUUCCCAUACAUCACAGUUUAAAAACUAGUGCUGUUUCUCAAACAGAUGUUGCUGAAACAACAUACAAUAUACAGGAAUAUCUCAGGUCCAAAUAUUCCUAGUGUGGAAGUAAAUAUGUCAGAAACACCACCGUCAGGCAGUGGCUUGUGUAUUUCACCUAACUAGGCUUGAGUAUGUGUGUGUAUGCCACACUCAGACUGCUGUGAAGUUAUUUCUGUUUUUAUACACUCAAUGAGCACUUUAUUAGGUAUUAUUAGACCUAUUUUUUAGACGUAAUUCUUCUGCUGCUGUAGCCUAUCCACUUCGAGGUGUGAUGCGUUGUAUGUCGAGAGCCGACCAGUCUGGCCCUUCUCCUCUGACGUCUAUCAAUAAGAAUGCGUUUCUGCCUGCAGAACUGCUUUUUGCACCUUUCUCUGCAAACUCGGGUGACUGUUGUGCAUGAGAAUUGGCAGUUUCUGAGAUACUCAAACCACCCUGUCUGGCACCAACAAUCAUUCCACGGUCAUAGUCACUUAGACCACAUUUCUUCCCCAUUCUGACAUUUGGUCUGAAAAACAGCUGAACCUCUUGACCACGAUGAAAUAUUUGCAUUAACAAGCUGGUGUACAGUUCUACCUAAUGAAGUGAUCACUGAGUGUAUGUACAAUAAAUAUAUAACAAAAUUGGUUUUAUAUAUAUAUGAACUUAUAUGACUGUCUCUGAUUGGAUGAACAAAAUUGAAGCUGAAUUUCCCAGACACCUAUUCCCAGACACCUUCAGUAUUGCUGUGUGUUUUAGUGAUAAACAAAAUGUUUUUGUAUUUUGAUUUUUAAAAAGGCUAUCUCUCUGUCUCCUUGAUCAUGUAACUGCUGAACACUGCGUUUUAAUGUUUUUUAAUAUUUCAAUAUUUUAAUGUUUUACUUUGUUUUUAUUUUUAGUGUGCUUGAUGUUCUGAGGAACCAUGAUGUAUGUCAUUGUUGUGUAACCAAACCUGCCUGCGGUUUUGACACAUUAUGUAAAAGGUCACACACAAACAUUUACGCUUAUCUUUGUAUUUUCUUCAUGUAAAACAUCGCUCACAUUAUUGGGGCAAAACCCCAGAAUAUGGUUUAUUAUCGAUAAAUAAGAACACCUUGCAUCUA